ACAGGAGACAAUAAUCCGACACGGAGGCCCAGGAGACAGCACGCUGUAACUGGUGCCAGAUUGUCCAUUAGCCACAGGUGAGAGUGGUGAGAGAGCGCUCCUCUCGGCCUUCCCGCCCAGCCUGAAAACCCAGGUGCACCAGCCAGCCUAGGAUAGAAAUAUAUAAAUUAGUGAAAGCCAAGAAAUAAUAAUCACCACACCAAAGACAGAUUCCGGAUGAGAAUCUUAUUUCAUGUCUGGUCCUGUGAAGUGAGCUCUGGUGUUGAUGCACAUGUUGUUUCCUGCAGGUCAAACCUCUCUGGUCCAAUCCCAGCAGCUUGUGUUAGAUGCUCUAGGAGACGACACCUACUUAACCUGUUGGUUGAUGGAUUCUAAAGAUGUCGUGCAAGUCACGUGGCAGAAAAUCAUUCCUGGUGGGACGACGGAUCUCGCUUCUUACAACAAACACUUUGGUCAGAAAGUGAAUACUGGGUUUCAGGGAAGAGUGGAGAUUAAAUCUGCUGGACUGCAGAACAGCUCCAUAGUGAUCAGAAACGUGACUCACCAGGAUGAAGAAUGCUACCGCUGUUUGUUUAACACCUACCCCGAUGGUGUUUUCACUGGGAGAUCAUGCCUCCAGCUCUAUGGUAAGAACACUGAAAUAAUCCUCUACCUCCUCUGUAAUAUUCCCAUGAUAACAUCUAAUGGUCUUUCCUCUGCAGAGCUGCAUGGACCCUUUCUACACGUCACAGAGUCACACUCUGCUGAAGAGCUAGUCGUGUCCUGCUCAGCCACAGGUCGACCUGUUCCCACGGUAACGCUGACUGUCCCCCACCACAACUCCACCAGCGUCACCAACACCAAUGGAACAGUCACCGUCACCACUACAGCCGUGCUGUCUCGUCUCCAUGACAGCAGCCACCGGGUUGGAUGUGCAGCGCGAGUUCUCUCCGGUCGUCAGAUCGAUGUGUAUGAGAUGAUUCCUGAGGUCACACUGUCGCCUCCUGAUGGUUUUGGUGUUAAACCUGGAUCUGAUAACAGUGAUGUCAAUGUUCCUUUGAUCACUGGUUUGGUCGUUGGAGUGAUCUGUGUUGUUGUUGUUGUUGUUGUUGUUGUCUUUGUUUUUUGUCUUAAACGGAAACACCAGGACAGUGUGCCACAAAGGCCCAGAACACCUUUGAUGGAUCCAGAAGUACAACAACGGACCUCUUCUGUAAAACCUAAACGACGUGACAACGAAGAACCGUCUGUGCAAUUUAAAAGAAAGCUGAUGUCUGUACAACAAAACCCAGAAGACUGAAGGGGCUGAAAAAGAAAACACUGAUGGAAACUCUCAAUAUCCUCCUUAAUGUUUUGAGACGGCAUAGAGAAGUUGUCUUCAAUUGUACCAGUUGAUGAUCAAUUCAUAAUUCAAGAAUUCCAGCAGAUC